AUGUCCAACCGUUCAAACAAUCCUGGGAAUUUCGCAAAUCGUUCCCACGAGGAAGUCGAGAGCAUUGCUGCAAAAGGCGGUCAUGCCAGCCACUCGGGUGGCUUCCACAACAUGGAUCCGCAAAAACAGCAUGAGAUUGCUUCCAAGGGAGGCCAUGCAUCCACCGGUCACUUUAAAAAAGGUAGCGAGAGAGCUCGUGAGGCUGGCCGCAAGGGUGGACUUGCUCGUAGUCAUCAUCAACAAGAGCAACAAAACGAGUAA